CAGCAAUAUGAUUAUCCAAUAGCAGUGAAACAAAAAUCAAUGGCUCAAAGUUGGUAGUGGAAAAGCCAGAGACGAAUAUCUUGAGCGCAAAAUCAUAGAGAUAUUAUGAUAAGAAUGGAUGAUAAAGAAAUCUGUUCAAAAUUGAGAUGGAAUUUUGAAGGAAAAGAAGAAGCAAAGAAAGCAUCAGCUUGCACUAUAAGAAGUUAUCUCAACACCUUAAAUGAAAACAUCAACAAAAAUGAUACUACUACAAAAAAAAGUGUAAUCCCUCUUAGCCAUGGAGAUCCCAGUGGAUUUCCUAGUUUUCAAACUAGUAAGGUAUUAGAGGAUGCUCUCCUUGAUGCACUUCAAUCUGGUAAAUACAAUGGCUAUCCCCAAAUACCUGUUGUUCUUCAGGCCACUAGGUCAAUUGCAGAAUAUCUGUCUCGUGACUAUCCAUACAAGUUGUCAGCAAAUGAUGUUCAUGUCACAGCUGGGGCAACACAAGCAAUAGAUGUCCUACUUACAGCUCUUGCUGUUCCUGGUGCUAAUAUUUUGCUUCCUAGACCCGGGUAUCCAACAUAUGAAGCAGUUGCCACAUAUAACUGUCUCGAAAUGAGGCACUAUGAUCUUCUCCCUGAGCAGGAGUGGGAGGUGGACAUUGAUGGGCUUGUAGCUCUAGCAGAUGAUAGAACUGUUGCCAUAGUUGUUAUAAACCCUGGUAAUCCAUGUGGGAAUGUGUACAAGCGAGAACAUUUGAAGAAGAUUGCAGAGGCUGCAAGGAAGGUUGGAAUGCUAGUAAUAUCAGAUGAAGCCUAUGGUCAUCUAGUGUUUGGUAGUAAUCCAUUUGUGCCAAUGGGCGUCUUUGGAGAAAUCGCACCUAUUCUGACAAUUGGCUCCAUAUCAAAGAGAUGGAUGGUUCCUGGUUGGCGAUUUGGCUGGAUCGUGAUGUGCGAUCCCAAUGGCAUCCUUCAAAAACAUGGGGUUGUGGAGUCUAUCAGGAACUACCUCAACAUCAGUGUUGUACCUCCUAUGCUCACUUUGGGUGCUAUUCCUCGUAUUCUUGUUGAAACACCUGAAGAAUUCUACUCAACUACCAUAAACCUACUGAGAAAAGCAGCAGAUAUUUGUUAUGCUGGUCUAAGGGAGAUUCCGUGCUUUACUCCAUACAAGUCACAAGGAUCCAUGUUUCUUAUGGCACAACUAAACAUAUCAUUUCUGGAAGGCAUCAACAAUGAUAUGGAAUACUGCACCAGGCUUGCUAAAGAGGAGUCUGUAGUUGUUCUACCCGGGGAAGCACUUGGAAUGAAGAAUUGGGUAAGAGUAACUUUUGCUGUGGAAAUUUCAGCUCUUGAGGUUGGCCUUAGCAGGAUCAAAGCCUUUUAUUUCAGAAAUGCCAAACAACAAUAAGCCUUUUUUAUCCGUCAACUUUGUCAAAAUAAUAAAAGUUGCAGGUGUUGCCAUGGGACUCGAUAAUUGGUUCCUCAUAACCGUUGCAGUUAAGCCAUCAUAGCUUGAAAAGAGUCUACAGAGAAUAAAAGCACUCUAUCAAAGGCUUGUUAUCGAGAAACAUAACAGACGAGUGAAAUGUGGUGAUCUGGAGGUGUUCAUUGAACCUCCUGGUCAAUCAUUGAAGGAAAUGUAAUAUAGUAGUAUCUCUGUGGUUUCGUCAGGUUGUCUUAGAUAAUAGUACAAUAUCAUCCCCAACUUCUCGGCUGGCAUAUGCUCUGUUACUGCUUGUAAGACUGUUUUGAAGUAGACUAAGUUCUUGUGAAAUGUAUGAAAUGUUCACCAUCUUCACUGUACAAUGUUAUUGAUCGCGUUCUUGAACUCUA